AUGUACUAUUUAGGCAUUAACUCACUGCUACUAUGGCUUCUAUGCUUUGCUCCCCCAGGGCUCGCAUACGGUAGAUCUUCAGAAUCGCCGCCCGGGCCAAAUGCCAUACUCCUCUCGCGAGUACAGUCGCUGACACUCCGCGCCAAUCGUCUCACGUCCUCUCGCCGUGUUUCCCCGAUUCCACAGCUGAAAUGCGUGGGACCCUCAAAGACCAUCUGUGACAAGUACAAGAUAGAGACUAUGCGAUGCACAAAUGCUGGAUACGACUACGACGAAGAAGAUGUCCAGUGGACUUGUACUGCACCACUUCCGGAGGAAUUCAUGCUGGGCGCAACAGAUGUGAUCUGCGAGGGAUACCGAAAUGCUGAUGACAAGUGGGUGUUGAAGGGCAGCUGUGGUGUCGAAUACCGGUUACUGUUGACGGAGCGCGGGGAGAGGCGAUUUGGCAAGAUACAAGAGGAUGACAUGCGGUCCAUCCCGCGCGCGACAAAAGGGUGGCGCCGGGGCAUGGAUUCUCUAGUCGACCUAAUUUUCUUAGGGUUCUGGGCUGCGGUUCUCGUUAUGAUUUUAUGGCCUAUGGUCCGCUCCUGUUUUGGGCUGCGAGGUCGUCGAAGAAGGACCAAUGUCGGACGAGGUUGGGGCGGAUUUUGGGGAGGAGGAGGAGGUGGUGGUGGAGGAGGAGGAAAUGACUAUGGGCCUUAUCCUGGGCCAACUCCUCCAUACAGCAGCUUUCCAGAUAGUAGUUCAUGUUCAUCGCAGCCAGGGUGGAGACCGGGCUUUUGGACCGGUGCUGCGGCUGGUGGCAUGGCCGGCUACGAGAUGGGUAGGAGAAGCAAUCGGCAUAGCGACAGACAGUCAUCUUCUAGAAGAUGGGAUGACCACGAGCCCUGGAGAGAAAGCACCACACGGCCGCGUUCCCCUCCUCGGUUUUCGGCUACCACGGAGAGUACGGGAUUCGGCUCAACAAGACGAAGAUAA